AUGGAGAAGGACAACCAGCCACACUUGGUGACUCCCACGUCAGUGAAGGCUAUCAUCUCAAAGAUUGAGGCUGCUCAGCUAAUUCGGACUCAGGAGGAUAUUUCCACCCAGCUCUCAGACAUCUUGGACAAUGUCAAUUGUGCCAUCAAUCGUUUCCAGGAAGAACUGGGAUAUGAUUUAAAAGAAAAGGCAAAACCUCACCAACCAGAGCAAAAAGGCAAGAAGAGAUUCAUCUUGCUGGAAAAAAUUGCCUCCUUCUCCAAAGAUGCCAAGGCUAAAGAGAAACACCUGUAUGAGAUCCUCCGUUGGCUAGGGGACUGGGGUGACAGUCUGACCUAUGAGGUGAAGAACCGGGGGAAUGUGGAGGAAGAGGAAGCCCUGGACGAAUGGAUCGAGGUGAUGGAGAAAGUGCUGCCUCUGUCCCUCAUGGCCACCAAAGGAGGCAUCGAGUCUCUCAUCUCUCUUUGCUCCACUCUCAUUGAAGAACAAAAGAAAAGGACACAAAUGUCCAAACAUAACUUCUGGCAGGACUGGCGGGAGAAAAACCCACAAAAUUCCUCGCACCUCCCUGAGCCGCUGAGCCCGGAGCAGAUGCUCCAAGACAAGAACACUACCUGCACAAAGGUCUCAGAGGUGAAGUCCAUGCUGCAGGAGCUCCUGGACUCCGCCAUGUUCAACAAGGGGGAGGUCAAGGCCAUCAGGUACAUGUCUACUGUGGUGGAGAACCUCAGCAAGGCCUUGAUCCUGCAGCACAAGGAGAACAAGAGUCUGGAGAUAAAAUACAAACACUUGCAGGGGGAGAUGACCAAAGAGCUCAGCAGCCAGAGGCUGUGCUUCCAAAAAUCCAUCCAAGUUCUGGAGAGCAAAAGGGAUGCCCUGCUAAAGCAGGUAGAGGUUCUGGGGGGCAAAUACCAUGACCUCCUUAUGAUCAAGCAUGCCCUGGAAUUCCAGCUGAAGACGGUUCAGUCUGCUGCUGCUCUAGAAGAACCCGUGGAGGUUUUCAUUGAUGCCCCAGAACCCCCGGAGAAGGAGACCCUUCCAGAGAAAGGUGUAGCCCUGGAAAAAGCCCACCAGAAGCUCAAGGAGGAGAAACAGCUGUUUUCCCCCUUUUCCCCAAGCCGCCUGGCCAAGGCCUGGGAUAGCAGCACCGCACCUGCACAACCGCCACUCUCCGCCGCGGUCGCGGAUUCAAGGGGCAAGGAUGUGUUCACUGGCCACACGGAACACCUCGAACCCGUGCUGCUGCACUCAGAGGCCCCCCAGUUCCCUACACGGUGGGAAAAACUGGUUGAAGAGACCCCAGAACAUGAAGGCAAAGACCAGGAGGACCGCUUCCAAGAGAUGGAUGAAGUCCAAAACAAGUCCUAUCCGGGGAAGUGUCUGUCCCCAGGGAGCUCCAGAAGGACGGUUUUGGAGAGCCACAUGGAGCACUGGGAGGAAGAACUCAGCUGGGAGACAAGGAGGCAGCAGUGGCUGCAGGAAGAGGAGAUGUGGCUCCAGCGGCAGAAGAAGUGGACUCUGCUGGAGCAGGAGCACCAGGAAAAGGUACGGCAGUGGGAGGCAGAGGCAGCUGCCAGGCAGCAGUGGCAGAGACUCAUCCAGCCAGAAGAGGAGACAGGGAGCCCCAGGAAGUCCUCCGGGGAGCAGCGGAAGAGCAGUUCCGAGAAGCUGAUCUUCAUGACCACCAACCGAUGGAGGAACCUGGAGAAGUCAGAAGCAUCAUCAGCACCUCCCCCGAGCAGGGCACAGUCUGCUCGCCAGAGCAGGAGGUCCCAUUUACCCAUGUCUGCACACACCCAGCAGCCUGGCCAGGGAAACCAGAGGACCCUGAACUCAGCUGAGUCGAUGCAAACAUCAUGGACCCGCCAGGUUUCUAAUAAACCCAAGAAAUGUGCUUCUUUUCCCAUCACCGGCACAUCCAUCCGAAGGGUGAGCCGCUCCUCUUUGCAGAAAGCCCCAGUAACCUCUAAGGACAAGGUGUACCACAUAAACAUGGAGGGCCAGUUGAAGAACCUGCAGAUCCUGGGUAGCUCGGAGUCAGAGCUGCUACUGCCACAGUACCUGCGCAGCAAGGCCCUGGAGGUCACCGCCGUCGCCAUGGAGCUGAGUGUCCUCAGGCUGCAGUGCCUGUGCAGGAAGUACAUCCACUACAGACGCUUCCAGAGCCUCCGACAAGAAGUAAUCAAACAUAUAGGAGCCAUUCGACAAAUGAGAGUCACCUAUAAGGCCCAGAACUUCUACGUCUUCCUGGAAAACAUCGACCGCCAGCAAAACCUCAGGCUGCAGGCCUGGACAGACAAGCAGAAGGACCUGGAGGAGAAGCACCGGGAGUGCCUGCAAACCAUGGCCACCGUGUUCCCUAAGCUCCAGCAAGAGUGGAACAUCCACCUGAACGUCCCUGUGGCCAACUCUGCCAAGCCAGGGAAAAGCAAGUCACCUCCAGUCUUACUCCAGAGAGUCCGGUCCAGUGGUGCCACCAACAAGCAACCUCCUCCACCCAAGCAGCACCGGGAAUCUGUGCCCCUGCGGAUAGCUGGCCAACAAGGGAACCAGAUGGAAGCCGUAUGGAAGAUGGAUGUGUCCUCUUCAAGUCACCCAAUAGAAAAGAAGACCCCCGCAAGCCUGCCCUGGGACCAGCUAGGGGGUUACCCAGAUAUCCCUAGGCUAUUGGCAGUAGAUGACCAUCCCUCCUACCACAGAAGCUCGAUGGCCUUCAAGACUCGCUCUUUCAGUGCCUCAGUGAUUCAAAGAAAGGAAUGCCGGGAACCCUCAGAGGAGCCAGCUGAGCUCGUCCGAAAAAUGUCCAGCCAGUCGCUCCCUGGGCCCUUACAAAGCCAGAAGGAUGGGGCAGUUCCAGCUUCCACUCCAGCUUCUACUACACGAACCGGAAAAGAUCGUGCAACCCCGCGUUCACAACCCGGAAGUAGAUGCUUCUCACGGAAGCCGGCUUUGGCCCUGCGGCUCCUGCAGUAG